UGACAGAGAGAGAGAGAGAGAGAGAGAGAGAGAGUUAUAGAGGGAUCAAAUGGAAGUAGGUCAGGUGCUUCACAUGAAUGGAGGAACGGGAGAGACCAGUUAUGCUCAGAAUUCACUGCUGCAGCAAAAGGUGAUAUCUAUGACAAAGCCAAUAACAGAGGAAACCAUGACCAAUCUCUAUUGUAGCAUCUCUCCGAAGAGCCUAUUAAUUGCAGACUUGGGAUGUUCUUCAGGGCCAAACACUCUGUUUGCAGUAUCCGAACUCAUCAGAGUAGUAGAGACAGUCUGUGGGAAGUUAGGCCAUCAAUCACCAGAAUAUCAAGUGUUCUUGAAUGAUCUGCCAGGGAAUGACUUCAACACUAUUUUUCGGUCCUUAACAGGCUUCAAAGAAAAAAUGGAAGAACGAACGAAAGUUUCCGUAGGGCCAUGUUUCUUCACUGGAGUCCCUGGUUCUUUCUAUGGCAGACUUUUUCCUAGCAAAACCUUGCAUUUUGUCUACUCUUCUUAUUGCCUCCAUUGGCUAUCUCAGGUUCCUGAAGGACUAGAGGAUAAUAAGGGAAACAUUUAUAUGGCUAGUGCAAGUCCACCGAGCGUUCUCAAGGCUUAUUACCGUCAAUUUCAGAAGGACUUUUCCAUGUUUCUGAAGUGUCGUUCUCAGGAAUUGGUAGCAGGCGGUCGUAUGGUUUUAACAUUUCUGGGGAGGAGAAGUGAAGAUCCUACUAGCAAAGAGUGUUGCUACAUUUGGGAACUUUUGGCCAUGGCUCUCAAUGAGUUGGUCUUAGAGGGACUCAUUGACAGAGAAAAAUUUGACUCUUUCAACAUUCCAAAGUAUACUCCAUCCCCAUUUGAAGUGAAAUCCCAAAUUGAAGAGGAGGGGUCUUUCGCCAUUGAUUGCCUGGAGGUUUCUGAAGUCAGUUGGAAUGCUUAUGAAAAUGAAGUGAACAUACCUGAUGCAUGUAAAGAUGGAGGACACAACGUUGCAAAGUGCAUCAGAGCCGUGGCUGAGCCUUUGCUUAUUGGCCACUUCGGGUUCGACAGAGUAAUUACUGACCAGGUUUUCUAUCGUUACAGGUUAAUCAUCACUGAUCGAAUGGCAAAAGAGAAGACAAAUUUUGUCAAUUUAACGGUGUCUAUGACUAAGACGGGGUGACCUAAUAUCAUCAUCCUAAACUGCUGUUGUUGUAGUGACCAUUUUCUUUCAACUUUCUCGUCGUUGUUGGCUGUGAAAAAUAAAAUGCCCGUCUUGGGACUAAGAGGUAUUGGGUUUAAGUUCUUUCUGAUUUUCGCUUCUAUAGUUAGAG